GAAGUCUGAAUCCCUAAAUCACGAAAACUCCCAAGGCUGAGACUGAGAUCCCUAAUUGGCUUCGCUGCUCUCUCUGCUUCAGUGGUUCCCAUUGUUGAUGAUUCUUCUUCGAGCAAGCUUGCUUCACUGAAGUCACUGGCGUCACCGCGUCACACGGGUCGAGGGCUCGCCGUCGAGACACCGCCGUCGCGCCACCUAGAGCCAUCGAGAACUGAGAAGUGAGAACGCCUCACUCUCACACGGGUCGAGCCACCGCCGUCGAGCCACCGCAGCAGCCGUGGAGAACUGAGAUGGUGCCUUCGCUGUCUCCCACCGCCUCACUCUCACUCUCCCUUCCCCCAUCUCUGCUUCUUCUCUGUCUUCCAGCUGGGAUAGUCGCCGAGGGACUGAGUCACUGAGGCAUAAAGAUGAGAUCUGUAGCGGUUGCAAUAAGUAUAUAGAGUUGUAAUUCGCUCUUCUCUAAUUCACAACUCUUAGUCGAAAAUGGAGUACAGGAAAAUCAGGGAUGAGGGUGAUGAUAGGGAGACCGGCAUCGAGGACGUUGAGAGUUUACGUGAAAAAUCGGUUUUGCUGUCCGAUGCAGUCCUAGACAACCGUUUGGCCUCCGUGGGAGAAACCAAAACCGAUAGCCACAUGGCGAAAGCAAAGUGGAAACUCAAGUCAGUUGUUACACUUGCAUUGACUAUUCUUACUAGUUCGCAAGCCAUUCUAAUCGUUUGGUCCAAGAGAGCUGGCAAGUACGAGUAUAGUGUAACCACCGCAAACUUUCUGGUGGAGACUUUAAAAUGUGCUAUAUCCCUUGUGGCCCUUGCAAGAAUAUGGAAAAAGGAAGGUGUCACCGAGGACAAUCGGUUGAGCACCACAUUAGAUGAAGUUAUAGUGUAUCCCAUUCCAGCAGCACUUUACCUUGUCAAAAAUUUGCUUCAGUAUUACAUUUUUGCAUAUGUAGAUGCUCCUGGCUAUCAGAUAUUAAAAAACUUGAAUAUUAUCAGUACAGGUGUUCUCUACCGAAUUAUACUCAAGAAGAGGUUAAGUGAGAUUCAAUGGGCUGCUUUUAUUCUACUGACUGCUGGUUGCACUACAGCCCAGUUGAAUUCAAAACAAUAUUGGCAGGCUAUUAUUAAGAAGCGCCCUUCACGGAACAUAAACGUUCAGAACUUCUGGCUUUAUAUCUUUGGCAUGGGCUUCAAUGCUAUUGCAAUACUGGUUCAAGAUUUUGAUGCUGUGAUGAACAAGGGAUUCCUCCAUGGAUAUUCGCGCAUUACUGUUCUCAUGAUUUUCAAUCAUGCACUCAGUGGAAUUGCUGUAUCGAUGGUGAUGAAGUAUGCUGACAAUAUUGUGAAGGUGUACUCUACUUCGGUGGCAAUGCUUCUUACGGCAGUAGUUUCUGUCUACCUUUUCGGAUUUCAUCUCUCCCUUGCAUUUUUCCUUGGUACAACUGUUGUCUCUGUUGCGAUUUAUCUGCAUUCUGCCGGGAAGAUGCAAAGAUAGCUAUAACUACCACCUGGUUCUUUUGACCCCAUUUCAUAUUCAUACAUUUUCAAAUUGUUAAUUAAAUAUCAUAGUAGUGUAUAUUUUGACGAGUUUAAUUUUUAUGUAUGGACAUUGUAAAACGUUUUACAUAGUCAUGCAAUUACAAUCAUUAUCAUUCACGUAGUAAAUGUAAAAGAGUUAUUUUUACUAAUGUGACAUUUAUAUGA